GCGCUUCUGUGUUUGUGCUUUCCAUUUCCAUUUACUUCCACCAUUACCAUGCCCCUUUCAAUCAAGGGUUGGUCGUGUUUGUAUGUGUGUUUAUAUUCCGCCACAAGGGAAUUUCCGUGCGAUUUCGCUUUACUGUGAGACAUGCUAUAAAAUAUUGAAUAUGCUAACGAGCUAGCCGACCAGCCAGCUAUUUAAAUAAUGAAAUAUGAUAAUUUCAACGGGACAAUCGGAGUUGCCUCUACAAAUACAUUUAAAUGUGGUGUAUUGUUAUAUGCAUGUUCUUCGUGUGAAUUAUUUUACUAGUCCCCGUGCAGACCGUUGUCAGAUGUAUCUAGCUGUGGUCGCUAAUACUUAAAAUGGUUUCUGUCAGUCCACUGUGGGUAGGUAGGUGAAUUGAUCCCCUCUCCACCAGGGAUGGGGGCUUCGGACGGUGGGGCACAGCUCACGACAGGCGCUGGAUUGGGCCUGCGUGAACGACUAGCAAGACUGACAGUUGCGUGUAAACGAAAAUGAAUGUUAGAAGUCACUUGCAAUGUUUGCUAGCAACGCGUGUAAAUUAUCAGACAUUAUUACAAAUAAACUGGCUAGACGCUGACAUCGUUUUAUUCUGGUCAAUUUUUCGAGUACACUCCAGCUUCUUUGCUUGCUAAUAGACAGUGACAGUGAACUAGUUGGUAUCAUGUAGCUAGUUAAUGUUAAUGUUAGAUAUCUGGUAGUCUAUACAGACAACAUAAUCACCCCGUGAUUUACUGUAACUACUGGUUAGCGAGCAAGCGAAUCGUAAAUUAACUUGGUAUCAUGGUGAAGUAUAGUUAGCCAGUUUGCCAUUUAAGCUACAUGGCAAACAUGCCAUCUAAGCUACAUGGCAAAGUAUAUUUUUCUAAUUUUGUGAAUUAACCAAGUUAUGCCGCCUGUAAACAAUUACGUUGGAUAAACGGUUCGCUAGUUAAGCUAGCUAGUUAACUAACGGACUGGGCGACUAACGUUAGCUAAUGUUCUGUCGCUUGCUGAAUGGAACGUAUUUCCGCACUUUUAUUAAUAUAAUGGAAGGGUCGCUUGCAUAUGCAGACUAACGACGUUGAAUUAUAUUAUGCCAGCCAAAUGAAAAACUCGAAGAUUUGACAGGUUGACUAUGUUCACUAACUUAUCCGGUUUAGUAAUCACUUCUAGGAAAUGGGUAAUGUAACGUACAGUAGCUACUUCGCUGUAAAUUACACCUGAUGUUGUCUAGCAACCGUGUUUUGGUGUGUUUCUGCGGGCUUAACAUUUAAGAGCCAUUUUUGUGAUCUGUCUGAAAAGCAGUUGUCAUGACUGUGACAUGCAAUGAGACUUGAAGACGAGAUCGCACGAUCUUUUUUUAACCAGUAAGCAAUAAUGCAUUACAAAUGUAUUUAUCACGAUUUUAUAUUAACUUGUGAGUUGAGACCGCACGGAAACUGCACGCAUCAGUGAUAACAGCAGUUGUACAGCCUUUUUAUUUAUGUUUUGUGUGUGUGUGUGUGUGUUCGUGUUCGAGUUGCCCGUCCUCAGGUUGAACCCACAACCAAUUAUUGAAAUAACCACUGGUUCAGUUACUCUGGUUACCAGAGUAACUGAAAAACAGUCAGUCAGAUGUUUUUCAGCCAGAAAGUUAUGAAUGCUGACAGAAUGGGAGUGUAGGUUUUUGAGAGAGUUCUCCAGGAUUGCAGAAAUUUCUGGAAAAAAAAUUGACAAUUGUAGUUAGUUAUUUUUGGUAUACCUGAAGAAGGAACACAACCAACAGUUGGGAAUGUCAUGUUUUGAAAUCUUGCAAAUAUAUUUGCUAGAGUAUGGGAAGAUGUACCUUGGCACAACAAGCUUAUACCCAUCAGAGUGAUAGGUGGUUGGCAAAAUAAGAAUUGCUGGAAAAGAGAUUUUCCUGACUUUUGUGCAGUAAGACUAAAACACAGUUUGUAGCAGAACAGUUUUCUAACUUAUAUUACAAUGGUAAUGUAUACAGUUGUACAAAUAUGUUGGGCAUGAUUAAUUCCGUUGGAUAUUGAUGGCAAAUGUAUAUGUGUACGGUACAUUAGCUAAUUGAGAGUGUUAAGUUACAGAGCUGUGAAGCAACCAUUCUGUGCGCUGGUCAUUGUCGUUUGGUGUCGGUGCAGAUCAUGUUCAUCUUUCAUUAAUGAUUCACACCUGUACAAGGCUGCAGUGCUAUCAUGGUUACACCUGUGAAUGCCUCCUCUGCUAAAUCCAUCUCUUGUAGCUACUCUGUAUUAAGGCAAGCUCCUUUAUCAGGGCAUGGUACUGGUCUUAAUACUCCAUAAAGUGAAGCAUUCACACACAGACCUGAUACAACAUUGAAUAACCAGUGACAUUCUGUGUUAUUGACUCUUCAGAGAGAAGAGGUACUGGGGAAAGUGGGCUAGCACAACAAGGAUGAAGCAUCAGUGUAGCUAACAAGGAUAUUCCAAAAUCUUAGUACCCGUAGCACCAACAUUGUUGUAAUAUUUGUAAUUCAGAGUGAAUACAGGAGAUAGAAGUAGACUUCUCAAAUACAUCACAGUCUUACUUGCACCUUCUAACAGUGCAGUGCGUGCAUGCUACUAAGAACACAUAGGUUGCAUUCCGUGGCAUUAUAGUUCUGAUAAUUGGACACCAAACUUAAAAAUAUGUUGCAUUACACGUUUUUGUAGCAGGUACGCUUGUUCAUGGCGACUCAUCCUGUCACCAAUUUGCUUAGCAUGGAUUAGGUUGAAGGGUUGAACUGAACUGCCUCACCAGUCACAACAAGAGCAGUGUCCCCUCUGGGAGUUGUAGUCUAAAUCCUGUGUCCACCUCUUUCCUCCAUUCCCCCUCUCGGCUGAAGCGUCCCUGAACCGCUGCUCACUUUGACUCAUUUCCACCCUCUGUCAAACAGCAGCGGCGAAGGGCUCAAUUUAUUGAGAUGAAAAUUGAAUCUAAUAUGGAAGCGGGUGUGUGAUGCGGUUAGCUGGCGCGCUUUGCCGUGCUAUUUAAAGAGGCGCUUGCGCCGCGGAUGAAAAAUGAAACGCAUUAAUAAAUCCGGUGGCAGCGGAGGCUGGGAAGAAACCGGUGCCCAAAAAAAAAAAAAAAUGUUCUGAGAAAAAGUUUGCACUCAUGCUAUGCAUGCGUCUUGUGUGAACGAGGCUGCCCUUUUUCUGUGUACGUGUGUGUACACACAGGUGUGGGUAAUUAGAAAGUGAUUUUGUCGUGACAGAAAAUAGGACUAGGUCAGGCUGAAAGGAUAACACUGCCUUUGAGAGAAGGUCCACACUGAUGAUGAUGAGUUGGAUCUUUUCUUCCAUGUUAUCAAGCCAUCUCGCUUUCUAAAAAGGGCCUCACAUUGUUUAAACACCAGAACAAAUUGAAGGCUAAUUAGGCAUACUUCUCAUGUUCUGUCAUUUAGAAACUGGGUCAUAGAGUGUUGCUGCUUCCAUCCAGGUUGAAGAGACCUUAUGAAUCACAGGUGCACACGUCUGGCCCUGGAGGUUCUCUGACCUGAGGUUCCCUUCCUCCCGGGAGCCUGACUACCCAAUGAUGUCACUCGCUGAUCUGAUUGGUCAGAUUUCAGUUAAGGAGUGAUGCUUUUGCUGCUAGGCCUUUUGCAUGAAAAGAAGAACUUUCCUGAUUUACAUAGAGCUGGAACAGGACGAGGGUUGCGUGCCCUUGGUUUACAUGGUCCGACGUGUGUGGAGUUCAUGUCGCAGCAUAUCAGCGGCGACGGUUGUCAAGUUAUGCUUAACGCAGGGCUUUUAGAGCAAUCCCAAUGCUGGAGUCAGACAGGCAUCACUUGAGUUCCUGCGCUCAUUAAAAUGAACUAGCUGUAAUACAGUGCCUGGCACGUGAAUCGGCUCCAAUGAUGUGGGAAAGUUCUAAGUUUGAAAAAAAAUGCUGGAGAUGUGUGUAAAACAUGCAGACGUUCGAUAGGAAAGGCCUUGACCCUCCCCUCCUCCUCCCCACUGCCGAAAGGUACACAGACAAUGAUUUAGACUCCAGAGCUUUGUUCAAUACCAGUUAGAACAGCUAAACCGAAGUAUGGGGUGGUUUUGGUGUUAUCGUGAGAUGCGUCUAUUUCAUAUUUGUUUUGGAAAGUUUUAAUACAUUAUUGUCAUGAUGUGUGGUAGUUUUUGUGAAACCAUGAGGAGUUUGAACUUGUUGAUGGGCGUAGCCGACCAUGGUAAAUGGAGCGGAGAGUGGGGAGAAGCGGAGUGUGGGAAGUGAAGGUGGAAAGCAACUCAGGUUCUGCAGGACCCCCCGACCAAGAGGCACUUUUAAAGAUGGGCUUUAUAAUUGAUGAAAUUGAUUCAUUAUGGUCAUAAUGUGCCUGUACUUAUUGUGCCUAAUAUACCCCACGCUCAUCCUCCAGCUCAGGGGAUCUAAUUGGGUUUUGAUGAAUGACAAGCACGGCGCAAGACCUAAUGUUCAUGUCUCUGAGGUAAUUGCACGGUUAGUGACAGCAUUGUAAUAAUACGGGUAAUUGGACCAGGGUGUAUUAUCGGCGAGGUUGGAUUUCAGGUUCUGACUCAGAGCUUGACCCAGUUACCUCCGUGUCUGUGAACUGGCCUCAUAUUCUCCCUGUUACCACCCUGUCUUUCUCCGACUGACACCGCAUCUCUGUAUUAUUACAUAUAUUUUUUGGUGAAAAUCUCUUUCUCUCUGUGCUGUUGACUUCCUUCUCUCGGUCACUUCGCUCCUUCUCCGUCUGUUGUCUCAAGAUCAUUCAAAUCCAUUCAAAUUUCCGAUAGGCUUUAUCGGCAUGGCGCCUGUGGCACCACCGCAUCGCAAAAUGAGGCGAAAUGAUAAGACUGCAAAAACGGUGACGUCACAGGGGAGAUAGCAGGACGGCUGCAGCCUCUUGGAAGCCUCCUCCAUCAGAUUCCUUUUUACGUUUUAUGUAUCCCUCUUCUGCCUCCAGCUCAUCUGUGUCCCACAGUCUCUUAGCCUGUGCUCAUCCUUGCUCUCUUGUGUCUGUUUGAAUUGCAAAUGCGGUGCAUGGAGAGUUCUCAAGUUUGAUUGCGGGUGCAGUUGCCCACACAUGCACAUGCACUCUCUCUGAAACACACGCAUUGGCUGAUAAAGCAAAUAUCAGUUGAAGAAGAAACGUUUUUUUUUUUUUUUUAUGGAAGGAGGCUGUUGUCAUGGUUAUGGGUAAGGCUUUAAGCCCUGUUGUCUUGAGUGUUCAUCGGAGAAAGACAUCUUUAUGCAUGUAGCACCAAGGCUACGCCGUAAUGUUUUGGGUAUCUUUCUGGACACUUCUCAAUACAGUGACUGAGACAGAGUGGGAUCACAACUGAACUUGUGCAGAGCGAGAUGUUUUCGUAAUUUUCCUUUUCAUGGUCCCUUUUUCUGCUAAUCUCAUUUUCUGAACAUCGUUGGUCAUCUUCAGACUGUACAAAUAUGUGUACACAACACGUAUCUUUGCAUUUACGAAGAGAACGUUCAGGUUUGGAUCCACCCCAAAUAUCUCCUUAAGGAAGGAUGGUAGAACCGUUCUCUAACAUAUUGUUCUUCAUUAGCCUACUUGCUAUUAACUACUGUGCUUUCUUUUCAAAAGAUGGCAAAUUCCUUAAAAAAUAUAAAAAUGUGUUUUUCCUAAGAAAAUGUAUAUGAGUGGAAUCCCAUCACUGUGCCUGCACUGUAUCUGCAAACCAUAAACAUCUGGUGUGUGCAAGUAAAUUACACACUGUCCUUACAAUACUGUUUAUGUUCCAAAUGAGUGCAAUUUUCCACUGAAAGGCAAACACCAGUACUUAAAUACACAUAGCUGUGAUAUGGACACUGAUAUUGCACAUCGGUCUCUAAGGGUGGCUUUGUUGUUUAACAGGACAAAAUACAUAAAUGGCCACGUGAACACACAGAUAUCACUGUACCGUAUUUUACAUUUGUUCUGCGAGAUUGUGGAAGUAUUUAUCCUUUUCUCUCUUUUACUCUUUUCCUCUCUCUCGUUUUUUCUUCCCCAGCCCUCCCUGCGUUUAAUUUCGCUAUCUUUCUCCCUCGCGCUCUGUCUCUUGCAAAGACGUGGGAGAGAACUCAGGAAGAUUCUGCACCUACCAGUGCGGUAUCUAGGCAACAGAGAACGAUGGAGAGGGAGUGGAGGGGGGGAAAUAUGUAUAGAAACAGAACGCAGAGCUGAGUUGGCUUACUUCCACACAUCUCUGGAUUGGCUGGAAGAGGCUAUAAAUUCCCUGCAUUUACAUUCGCUGGAUCAGUUCUCACUUGUUUGAAACAGAAUUCUGCAUGAGACUGAUGCAAAUGAGAUGUCGGUGUGUGGGCCACCCUGGAGUGUGUGAGCGCCUCCUGCUGCCUGGAGGAGCUGUGCGUCGCUGCUGCAGCUUCACCAUGAACAACAAGGAGAGCACGACUGAGUCCGAGAAUAACAGUCAGAUGAAGGUGUUUCUACCCAACAAGCUGCUGGAGUGCCUGCCCCGCACCUCCACCCUACCCAAGGAGAGACUGCGCUGGAACACCAACGAGGAAAUUGCGUCCUACCUGAUCUCCUUCGAUAGACACGAGGAGUGGCUUUCCUGCACGCUCAAGACCAGGCCCCUCAAUGGCUCCAUCAUACUGUACAACAGGAAGAAGGUAAAGUACCGAAAGGACGGGUACUGCUGGAAGAAGAGGAAAGAUGGCAAGACUACGAGAGAGGAUCACAUGAAGCUGAAGGUUCAGGGCAUGGAGUGUCUUUAUGGUUGCUAUGUCCAUUCCUCCAUCGUCCCAACAUUCCACAGGAGGUGCUACUGGCUGUUGCAGAAUCCCGACAUCGUGCUGGUGCACUACCUAAAUGUGCCGUCCCUGGAGGAUUGUGGGAAGGCGUGCGGGCCACUGCUGUGUGCGGUGGCUGACCGGCGGGACAGUCUGCGCUGGACCCGAGAGGAGCUGCUCUCUCAGCUCAAACCCAUGUUUCACAGCAUUAAGUGGUCCUGCAGCAACAGCAACGGCACCUCGGAGUUCUCCAUCGAGCAGCUGGUGCAGCACAUCCUGGACUCGCAGCAGACCAAACCCCAGCCACGCACACACGCCUGCCUCUGCAGCAGCACCCUGGCUUCACCAGGAGCCAACAUUCCUCACCGCUGCAACAGCACCAAACACCGCAUCAUCUCCCCCAAACUGCCCACGCGGCCUUCGCCCUACCCCGCCCUGACCGAGGUCCAGAACCUGGCCGCCGGCGAGGGGGGGGGCAGCGGGAGCGGGCAGGAGGGGGGGCGAGGCGAGGCGCACGGAGGAGGGGGAGGGGGAAGCGGGAGCGUGGGCGGGGACAGGAAAGGGCCCGCCCCCCUCUCUCAGCCCCAGGCCCCGGGGCCCGUGGUGACGAAGCUGGCCAUGCGGAGCCCGGGCGUGUCCCAGGACAGCGCGGGGAUGACGGGCGUCUCCUCCCCCUGCUCCGCCUCGUCCUCGUCCUCCUCCUCCAGCCCGCCCCAGCCCCAUCGCACCACGCCCCUCGCCCUCAGCAACGGGGGCACGGCCUGCAACGGUUUCUACGGCGACCAGCGGGGCCUGGCUACCGUCGCGCUCCCUCAGAACGCCGUCAUCGUCAUGACGACGGCCAUCGGCCCGGGCGCCGAAGACUCCAAGAGCGAGCUGGGCUUCAGCGGCAGCGGGGCGGCCCCCUCCCACCUGUCACUCACCCGCUCGGGCCGCCUGGUGCUCUCCCCCAUCCCCCCCGCCCCCGAAACGCCCUCCCCCCCCACGCUGGCCGCCUCCGCCCCCCAGACCACCAUCACCGCCGCCGGCCCCCUGCCGCCCGCCAGCAGCGCCCCCACCUCCCACUCCAUCUCGCCCACCCCGGGCGUGGCCACGCUCAGCCUCACCCUGCUCUCCAGCCCCGUCAUCGGGGGCCUGCUGCUCACCGACCGGCUCAUCUCCGGGGCCGACCCCCCCACGUCCCUCCUGCUCCCCCCUCGCUCCUCCCCCCCGUCCGCGUGCCCCUCCCCCUCUCUCCUGCCGGCCCCGCCUCCCUCGGCCCCCUCCCCCCUCCCUCGCCCCGCCCUCCCCCUCCGUCUCCUCCCCUCCGCCCCGCCCGCCUUCGACCCCGACUCCUUCCUCAACAGCCCCAAGCGGGGCCAGACGUACGGGGGGCCCUCGCACCCGGACUCCCUCUCCCUGUCCCUCCCCCUCUCCGCGUCCUGCUCCUCCCACGGCCACUCCUCUCCCUCCCCGCCCUCCUCCUCCUCCCCCCAGGGCCCCUCCCUCGCUCUCUCGCUCUCCCCCACCUCACCUCCCUCCUCCUCCUCGCCCCCGUCCUCCCUCUCCUCUUUCUCUGCCGAGACGGAGCGAGGGAAGAACGGCGAGAGAGAGGCGCACUCCCUGGCCGUCCCCUCCACCUCCACGCCCUCCUCCGCCCCUCUCUCCCCCUCUCUUUCCUUCUCCCCCUCCCACUCCAGCACCGCCCUGUUGCCCCUGUGCUUGGAGUCCACGCUGGGGCUGGACAGCCUGGGCGUGCUGGGGCCCGAUGGGCCGGACCAGGGGCCCGGGGGGGUUUCCCCUGGCCCGGAGAGAGAGGCCCGGAGGCACAGCCCCACCCCGCCGCACCGCGACCCCCAGCCGCUGCUGACGGCCACGCCCCGGCCCGCUAACGGACAGCUGCUGCUGACGGCGGGGGAGCCCCAGGGUCGCCUGCAGCCGCAGCGCAGGCAGGCGGCGGACAGCCCGCAGCAGCAGCUGCUCGUCCUGCAGAGCAGGCUGCAGCCCCGCCCCGAGGCCCAGGGCCCCCGGCAGCAGCUGGUCCUGGUCCCGCCCAGCGGGGCGGAGCCGGGCCGGGAGACGGACAGCCGGCAGCAGCUGCUCCUGCUCCAGCACAGGCAGCUGCAGCAGCGCGGGCAGCGGCUGGUCCUCCUGCAGCCCGAGCAGCCGCACGCCCUGCAGCUCAACGGCGGCCUCCUCUUCAUGGCGGGCGGGCCGGAGGGCGGGGCGGCGGCGCCCGCGUCUCCGGAGCCCCACGUACGAGUGAAAGAGGAGCAGUCGUCCCCCUUCUCCCCGUCCUCCUCCUCCUCCUCCUCUUCCUCCUCGUCCUCCUCCUCCUCCGGCCUGGGGUGCUACGAGGCGGAGGAGACGCCCAUGGACACCAACAGCGGCGGGGAGGGCGGCGAAAUGGGCAGGGAGGACCCGGACCUGUCCGUCAUGAUUCAGAAGAGCGCGGGCGGGGCGGAGGAGGCGGGGCCAGGGAGCACCCCGCUGGAGAUCUCCUUCGACAGCCAGUUCCCCGACCUGAUCUCGGAGUUCAUCGCCGAGGACGAGCGGCAGGGCGGGGCCAGCGCCGCCCAAGCCCCGCCUCCGCCCCUCUUCCCCACCGGGGUGCGCUACGUGGUGCCCCCCCAGCCCUCCCCCGCCUCCUCCUUCCUGCCCUUCCCCACCCUCACCCCCGCCUGCCCUCCCGCCGGCCCGGGGCAGGAGGUGCGGCGCCUGGCGACCAUCACGGACUUCUCCCCCGAGUGGUCCUACCCAGAGGGCGGGGUGAAGGUGUUGAUCACGGGACCCUGGACGGAGGCGACCGGGCGGUACUCCUGUGUGUUUGACCAGAGCACCGUCCCGGCCUCGCUGAUCCAGCCUGGGGUUCUGCGCUGCUACUGCCCUGCUCAUGAGGCCGGGCUGGUGGCCCUGCAGGUGCUGGAGGACACGGGCGGGGUCUCGUCCUCCGUGCUGUUUGAGUACCGCGCCCGUAACGCCUCCUCCCUGCCCAGCUCCCAGUUAGACUGGCUCUCCCUGGACGAUAACCAGUUCCGCAUGUCCAUCCUGGAGCGACUGGAGCAGAUGGAGAAGAGGAUGGCGGAAAUGACGGCGGCCAACAUUCAGCAGCAACAGCAGCAACAGCAGCAGCAACAGCAGCAGCAACAGCAGAGCUCCCAAAACACAGCCCAGCACCCAGCAGCUCGGGUAGAGGACCGGCCUCAGACUCAGUCCGGCCCCUGGUUCGAGCGGCGCAUCGUGGGGCUGUGUGAGCGCAUGAUGGCGGGAGGCCGGUGGGGCGGAGGAGGGGAGCGACUGCUCCAUUCCGUCCGGCACAGAGGGAUGACCCUGCUGCACCUGGCAGCAGCGCAGGGAUACACCCAGCUCAUACACACCCUCAUACACUGGAGAAGCGUGAACGCAGACAGUUUGGAUCUGGAACAAGAGGUGGACCCUCUGAAUGUGGAUCACUUCUCCUGCACUCCUUUGAUGUGGGCGUGCGCUCUUGGCCACCAGGGGGCAGCGGUGCUGCUGUACCGGUGGAACAGCCUUGCCCUGGGGAUCCCAGACUCUCUGGGGCGGCUGCCGCUGGCCGUGGCUCGAUCCCGGGGCCACACCCGCCUGGCCCGCUGCCUGGAGGAGCUCCACACCCAGGGCGUGGCCCCUGAGGGGCCGGGCCGAGCCGAGGCAGAGGGGACCGACUGGGGCCACACCAACACCCAGGAGCGGCCUCCGCUGCCGCACCUCCCCCCCUCCCCUCUCUCCACCAGUCCUGACACUGGCCUGAGCUCCUCCAGCAGUAUCCCCUCCCCCAGCGACCCCCCUUCACCGUCUCCAAGCUCCGCCUACUCCAGCGGCUCCGUUCCCCUGGGCUCCCCCCUGUACAGCCCCCCAGACCCCAUGGACACCUCCGACCCCUCCCUGUCGGCCUCCUCGUCCCCCUCCUCCCUCCCCCUCUCCUCUCCGUCCCCGUCCCUCCAGCUCCCCCUCUCCCUGCCCUCCUGGGGCGAGGCGUGCGAGGGGGGCGACCCCAGCCUGUCGGCCAGCCCCCACGAGCCCACCUUCCUGAUGGAGUACGAGCCCACCUGCUCCCCGUCCCCCCCGCCCGGGCCCCCGCUGUCCCGACACUCCACCUUUGAGGCGGAGCUGCUCAGCUACAGCGAGAACGCCGAGAACGAGGACUACCUGCCUGCUGUGGAAGACCUGCAGGUUGACAUGGCAACCCUUGCGGAGCAGAUAAUUGAGGCCACACCCGAGCGCAUCAAGCAGGAGGAGUUCCCCAGAGGGGCGGAGUCUCCACUGAGGGAGCGGAGGGACAACACUGCCAUACAUGACACCAUGCCCUGGCUGGCCACUUACCUGGACACAGUGGACACCCUGCCUGCCCUGUCCCCGCCCAGGCACGUAACCAAGCUGGCCUCUCUCCCUCUCCCCGGGCGGGGCAGGUGCGUGUGCCCGACGCCGCCCCCGUCCUCCCGCUCCCCCCAGCCCCCCUCGCCCCUCAGCGCCCUGGCCCUGCAGCGGCUCCGCCCCCCCAGCAGCGCGGCCUGGGCGGAGUUCCUCAACGCCUCGGCCAACGGGCGCAUGGAGCGCGACUUCGCCCUGCUCACCCUGACCGACAGCGAGCAGCGGGAGCUCUACGAGGCCGCGCGCAUCAUCCAGAACGCCUUCCGCAGAUACAAGGGCCGGAGGUUGAAGGAGCAGCAGGACAUGGCCGCUGCGGUCAUUCAGAGAUGCUACAGGAAGUACAAACAGCUAACAUGGAUAGCACUGAAGUACGCCCUGUAUAAGAAGAUGACUCAGGCGGCCAUCUUGAUCCAGAGCAAGUUCCGCAGCUACUAUGAGCAGAAGAAGUUCCAGCAGUCCCGGCGGGCGGCGGUGCUGAUCCAGCAGUACUACCGCAGCUACAAGGAGUACGAGCGCCUGAAGCAGGGCCACCGCGGGACCAGCGCCCUCAACACCAAGAUCAAGGGAUCGUUUCUGACGAAAAAGCAGGACCAGGCGGCUCGCAAGAUUAUGAGGUUCCUCCGGCGCUGUCGGCACAGGAUCAAGGAGCUCAAACAGAGCAAAGAGCUGGAGAGAAUGCAGAAGAGAGGCCUAACCACCUAGAGCCCUCCUCCUACUCCUCAUGCUCCUCCUGCUCCUCCUCCUCCUCUUCCUGCAUCCCUCCAUCCUCACCAAGGGAGACAGAGGAGAGAGGGAUGGUGAGGGCUGAGACAAUACACACACGCACACGCACACGUGCACAC